AUGGGUGGAGAAAGGAAUAAUGCAACAGUCAUCAAAUUCAUCCUUUUGGGAUUCUCAAAUUUCCCCAAGCUAAGGAUGAUUAUUUUUGUCAUAUUCUUGGGGACUUACCUCUCCACAGUGGCGUGGAACCUGGGAAGCAGCAUGCUGAUCAGGAUGGACUCCCGCCUGCACACACCCAUGUACUUCUUCCUCAGCAACCUGUCCUUCUUAGAUCUCUGCUACGUCCGCUCCACGGUCCCCAAGAUGCUCUCCAACUUCUUCCAGAAGCGUAAGUCCAUCUCCUUUGUGGGGUAUGCACAGCACUUCUUUUCAUCCAGCCUAGGCCUGAUGGAGUGCUGUCUUCUGUCGGCCAUGGCUUAUGACCGCUACACCGUCAUUUGUAACCCUCUGCUCUACACAGCCAUCAUGUCCCCUGGCCUCUGCGUGCAGAUGGUAGAUGGAGCCUACAUAACUGGAUUCUUUGGUUCACUGAUCCAACUCUGUGGUUUACUUCAGCUCAAUUUCUGUGGCCCAAGUGUUGUCAACGACUUCUUUUGUGACCUGCCUCAGUUAUUAGUCCUAUCCUGCUCUGAAACCCUUUUCCUGCAAGUCAUGAAGUUUGUGAUAGCAGUGAUGUUUGGUGUGAUGUCUGUCUUAGUUAUCAUGGUCUCCUAUGGUUACAUUGUUGCUAUCAUCUUGAAGAUUAGCUCAGUGGAAGGCAGGUCCAAGGCCUUCAAUAUCUGUGCUUCUCACCUGACGGCGGUCACCCUGUUCUUUGGGUCAGGACUUUUUGUCUAUAUGUAUCCCAGCUCUGGCAAUUCUCUGGGCUAUGACAAGAUGGCUUCAGUCUUCUAUACAGUGGUGAUUCCCAUGCUGAAUCCUUUGAUCUAUAGUCUGAGAAACCAAGAAAUCAGAGAUGCCGUUAAGAGGUGUAAGAAGAAGCGAGUAUUUUCCCGUUGCCACUGUUAA